AUGGACGGUCAAGGGAACGCUUCUUCUUCCUCAAUGUCCUCUUCUUCUCUUGGCGGUCAACAUUCAAAUGGUCAAUCGACCAGUGCUACUUCGGAUUUAUCACAAACGUAUGAAUAUUUUAAUUCUUCACAGCCUUCGCUUGGUGUAGGAAGUGGUAAUACAGCCACAAAUCAAUCACAAUCCGGCGGCUACAUCGAUUCAAAUUCACAGCAAUCCAUUUACGGUCAUGAAAUAUAUGGAAUCAAUCAACAACAGAUACAACAAUUACAACAAUUAAGAAAGAUGGAUGACAUUCAUACGCAAUCCCAAUAUUCUCAAUCGAGCAUGACGUCAAAAUCAACAAUACAGAGUGCGCCUGCCGCAAUGGGAGAUACGAUGAUGCUACAACAAUUGGGUUUCACUUCUGCCCCGACUGACUCGACAAUGACGACGGGAAAUGAGAUGAUGACUCCGGAAGCACAAUGGGGUGAGUAUGAGUUUUGUGUUUUGUGUAGUGUAAGGAAAGCCCCGAAUGGGAGGGUCAUAUUCGAUAUUCAUUCGUACGAAGACGAGCAUUUAUGGGGCGAACAGAUGAUGGACUAA